CGCAGACACCCAAAUCACAAAAAAAGAAAAACGAAAAUUAAUAGGAAAAACAGAGAAAGAAAAUCGGGCUGAAAAGCGCAACACAGUGAACACACCACAUCAGACAUCGUACAGUCAUAGAGAGAAAGGGAAACAAAAACACAUACAUAUUCACUCACUAACACCGCUCAAACCAGUCUCUAUCUAGUGGGUUCCAAACAACACCACACCUUGCUCAUCUUCCAGAACAUUCUAGACCGUUCUAGCUGGAAACUGCUUCUUCACUUCAAACACCCAGAUUCUAACACCUUUUUCAUGGACUUGUACGGUCGGACCCCCGCCAGGAAUGGAUCCAACCCGGUCAACCAACCCGAAUGGCGCUCACCGGGCACCGACACUGCUCUCGAAGAAUCCAUGUGGCAUUUAACGUUGGGUGGUGGGGAAUCUUACCCGGAGCGGCUCGGCGUGCCCAAUUGUGUGUAUUACAUGCGAACUGGUGUGUGUGGAUAUGGAGGCAGGUGUCGUUACAAUCAUCCUCGUGACCGUGCUGCGGUUGCUGCGGCAGUAAGAGCUACAGGGGAGUACCCAGAAAGGGUGGGGGAACCUCCGUGUCAGUAUUAUUUAAAAACGGGAACCUGUAAAUUUGGUGCAUCCUGUAAAUUCCACCAUCCUAAAAAUGGAGGUGGAUAUUUAAACCAAGCUCCACUAAAUGUCUACGGAUACCCAUUAAGGCCUGGUGAGAAAGAAUGCUCCUACUAUUUGAAAACGGGGCAGUGCAAAUUUGGUAUAUCUUGUAAAUUCCAUCAUCCUCAACCUGCUGGUACGUCAUUGCCAGCAUCUGCACCUCAAUUUUAUCAACAGGUGCAGUCUCCUACAGUUCCUCUGCCUGAACAGUAUGGAGGAGCUUCUUCAAGCUUGAGAGUGGCUAGGCCUCCUAUGUUGCCUGGUUCAUAUGUUCAAGGGGCUUAUGGUCCUGUACUUCUUUCUCCAGGGGUUGUCCCAUUUCCCGGAUGGAGUCCUUAUUCGGCACCUGUAAGUCCUGUGCCAUCUCCUGGUGCUCAACCUGCCGUUGGGGGUACAUCUUUAUAUGGAAUGACCCAGUUAUCAUCACCAACAUCAGCUUUUGCAAGACCAUAUACUCCCCUUCCCUCUACCUCUGGCCCUUUAGGAAGCAGCCUGAAGGAACAAUUAUUUCCUGAAAGACCUGGUGAAUCUGAAUGCCAAUACUAUCUGAGAACAGGGGACUGUAAAUUUGGAUUAGCUUGUCGAUAUCAUCAUCCUCGAGAUCAUAUUGUGGCACGGCCACUUCUUAACCCUGUUGGACUUCCUUUACGUCCGAAAACAGGGUGUACAACCUUGCGCAUUUUAUUUGCAAAAUGGACAUUGCAAGUUUGGCUCGACGUGCAAAUUUGACCAUCCUUUGGGAUCCAUGAGAUACAGUCCAUCGGCAUCUUCUCUCAUUGAUGUGCCAGUUACUCCAUAUCCAGUUGGUUCUUUGCUGUCUCAGCUGGCCCCUUCAACAACCUCUUCAGAGCUUCGGCCUGAACUGAUGUCAGGGUCCAAAAAGGAAUCCUUUUCGGCCAGAAUACCUUCUGGAAACAGUUCCGGUACCACUGUUGGUUUAAUAUUUUCACAAGGUGGGUCUGUUUCCCUAUCUGAUGUGCAACUCUCAAGUCAGAGUUCUGCCUCUGCUAGCAGUAGCAGAAGCACAAGACAAAGUGGUGAGAUACGUUGACAUGGCUAGUGCAAACUUGAAAAUGUGUCCUCAUUAUCCAUUGGAUUGAUUUCACAGGCCUCCAUUGCUCUGUCUAUACUCCUCUGUGCUUUAAUUAAAACUGUUCAAAGAUUCACUUUCGCUGUUUAGAAAUCCAUCAUCCAAUUCGGUUUUAAGAGCCUAUACUAGGUCAUUCACUUUUAUGCUCUCAUCUGAUUAUAUUAUUAUUAUCUCAAAUAAGCUUUAAUAGAAAACUUAACACUGUCUAUUCUUCGCCCCUUCGGAAUGUUUAUUAUUUUACCUAAUUUAUUA